UUACGAAAGCUGUUGCCACGUUGAAGGCUGUCCUGUGUAUUUGCAAUCAGGCAGUAAUCAUUGGAAUCCUGUCAUUAACGUAUGGGCAGCUUUGUUCACAGCGACUCUAAUACAUGGAGUACUCUAAAUGCAAGGGGAUGUAUAAUGUUUGGGAGUGCCAAUGAAGUACUUUUACUUGCUUACCAGUGUGUAUUGGGGUGCGUCUUGGCGGUUUGUGUCAAAUCAUAAUUUGAUGUGAAAGAAACUCAAGAAUGAAGGCAUCCUGGGCUUGGUACUGUGGAAUGGUAGCAGGCAUCGUUGUUGUUCUGACAGUGGUUUUCACCAAACUGAAUAUUUCAAGACGAAAGGGUGAUAUAGUUCCACGGGGUGUGCUAAAUAGUUUGAAACACACCCUUCUCACCGAGGAACAUGCAGCACCCCCACCUGGCAAAGGACAACGGAUAUUGUGUUGGAUACUUACCCAACCUAAGAAUCUGAAGAACAGGACUCUUGCUGUCAAAGAAACAUGGGGAGGUGACUGUGACAUAACUCUGUAUUUUAGUUCCGUUACGGAUAAACAGUUUCCCACAAUAGGCUUAGGUAUACCAGAGAAAAGACGGAACCUAGUCAAGAAGGUUAUAGCUGCUUUAAAGUACAUUGACAAGUUCUAUUCGGACGAAGCCGAUUGGUUCUUAAAAGCUGACGAUGACACAUUCGUCGUUGUUGAAAACUUACGUCAUUUCCUGAAGACGAAAGACCCGGAUGCACCAGUGUAUUAUGGGUGUAAACUCGAGGGCAAACGUCUUCACUAUCACAGUGGUGGAGGGGGCUACGUAAUGAGCAGGAAUAUUCUCAGGAAAUUUGUUCAAAACAUAAAUAAAUCAACAGACUGUCGAAUGCAAGGAGCAGAGGACGCGGCGAUUGGGAGAUGCUUGAACUCUCUAGGCAUCCUUCCUUCUUACAGUGUCGAUCAAAAAGGGUACUUCGUCUUCCACUGGUCCUCGGUGCAUAUGUUCAUGCUGGGACUCACGAAGACCACUCCAAACUGGGUGAUCAAGAGACAACCAUUCUGGAGUCGCCAUAACGUCGCAAGCAAUGUAUCAGUUAGUUUCCACUUUGCGUUGAAUGGUGAUAUGAGAGCGAUGCACUUUCUCCUUAACAAUCUCACCGUGUAUGGCUACCGGAAACCAACGGUCUACCGGUCUGCAGGAGUCACGAAGAAGGGUUAUGAAAUGGGGAACGGUUACCGUGACCUUUCUCCUUAACAAUCUUACCGUGUAUGGCUACCGGAAACCAACGGUCUACCGGUCUGCAGGAGUCACGAAGAAGGUUUAUGAAAUGGGGAACGGUUACCGUGACCUUUCUCCUUAACAAUCUCACCGUGUAUGGCUACCGGAAACCAACGGUCUACCGGUCUGCAGGAGUCACGAAGAAGGGUUAUGAAAUGGGGAACGGUUACCGUGACCUUUCUCCUUAACAAUCUUACCGUGUAUGGUUACCGGAAACCAACGGUCUACCGGUCUGCAGGAGUCACGAAGAAGGUUUAUGAAAUGGGGAACGGUUACCGUGACCUUUCUCCUUAACAAUCUCACCGUGUAUGGCUAUCGGAAAC